GCUCUGUGUGUGUGUGUGUGUGCGCGUGAGGGGGGGAAGAUGGCGGCGCGGCGGGGGCUGCUGGCGGCGGGGCUGUUCAGCGGGCGGGUGGCCAUCGUCACCGGCGGCGGCACCGGCAUCGGCAAGGCCAUCGCCGCCGAUUUGCUGGCGUUAGGUUGCAGUGUUGUUAUUGCUUCUCGUAAAUUUGACCGAUUAAAAGCUGCUGCAGAAGAACUGAAUAAUACAUUUUCUUCAAUGAGUCCUGCCAAAGUGACUCCUAUACAGUGCAAUAUCCGUAAAGAAGAGGAGGUAGAAGCUUUGGUGAAGACUACGCUGAGUCUGCAUGGGAAGAUUGACUUCCUGGUGAAUAAUGGAGGGGGCCAGUUCACAAGCCCUUCUGAAGCCAUCCGUGCAAAAGGCUGGAAUGCUGUGAUAGACACAAAUCUGACAGGGACUUUCUAUUGCUGCAAAGCAGUGUACAAUGCCUGGAUGCAAGAACAUGGAGGAGUCAUUGUCAACAUUACUGCUGCUGUGAGAAAUGGGUUUCCUGGAAUGUCGCACUCAGGAGCUGCGAGAGCUGCAGUGGAUAACCUAACCAAGACUUUAGCUUUAGAAUGGGCCCACAGUGGAGUGCGAAUCAACAGCGUUGCUCCUGGAAUAGUAUUUUCAGAAACUGCUGUUGCCAACUAUGGAGAACAGGGUAUAAUUAUGUGGUUAAAAAGCAUACCAAAGGUUCCUGCCAAGAGAUCAGCAGUUCCUGAGGAGAUUUCUCCUGCAGUGUGUUUCCUGCUAUCUCCAGCUGCUUCUUACAUAACUGGGAUAACCAUGGUUAUAGAUGGUGGCCAAAGUUUAUAUAGCAGUAGCUUAGAAAUACCAGAUCACAACAGAUGGCCCUCACCACCAGAAGGAAGGAAUUCUGAAAUGCUUAAAAAGCUUCUUUCUGGCGAAUUGAAGCCAAAGCUGUAGUAGAAGGUUUCAUCUUGUUCCCACUUUCACAGUUGCUGAUAAUCUCACUUUGUAACUUGGUAUUAUAAUUAUCAGUAACCUGACUUGUUUCUUUUCCUCUCGUAUAACUACAUAGACUUUCAUUGUCUCAUGUUUUCAUGUUUAAAAGUUGAAGGUAGAUAGUGCCUCAUCUUCUCUAACAAGCACUUGCUGCCCUUGAGAAGGGAAGGUGUAAAAUUAAUUCUUCAUUUGCACUGCCACUAAGUAAGGAAGAAUCUCAGUCAGGAAUAGUUUUUUUUUAAAUCUACUUCGAAUUGAAGGUACAGAAAGAAUGUUCCAGAAUCAUUUUACUCAAUGAUUUUUGGUUAGGAGAUUUAAAUCUUUGUUAUUGUUACCUGCAUCAGUAACCCAUGAAAUGGCUGUUAGCAGUAGAUUGUUUCUGUUCAACAGCAAUCUGAGUGCUCACAGUGAUUUUAAGGAUUGAUUAAAGUACUUACCUGAGAUAGGAGGAAUUAAAAUAAAGCAGUGGUUGGUUAAAUAGCAGAAUACUGUUUUUACAGCUUCAGACUAAUGAAGUGUAUCAGGGAUGUUUCCAGUUGUUUGCAGGUGAAAUGACUUAAGGAGAUGAGCUAGCUGCCACUUAAAUUCGAUAGAAUAAUCGAAUAAUAAGCUGUAUGAUACACUCAUGGAAAACCAUAUUGAUUCAAUAAUUUCACAGCAAAGUCUUGAAGCCUAAGCUGCGGUGUAUAUUGCAGUGCUUCUUGCAAUAUGCUGUGCUGAUGAAAGAAAAACUUGUGAUUCUUUCACUUAUCCGUGUAAAUGCUUUCUAUCCAUACUGUGUUUUCUACUGAUAUGCUAUUUUAUGAUAACACACUGUUUUCAUCAGCAUUCCUGAAACAGGUGUGAUUUCUGUGCUCAGUGGAGAGUUUCCAUUUCAAAAAAACCAGAAGUCUUAGAAUAUGUUACUUGAAGAGGCUAUGGUUGUUGUAAUUACUCACUUUAAGGCAAAUAUUCUCAUGUCUGAUAACUUCGAAAUAUUAAAAAUAAAUGAUGAGUGCUGUAACAACUGAAACUUGUGGAAUCAA